AUAAACGUAAUCUUUAUUCACCUAAGGUCUGAUAAUAAUAUAACAAUAAUAAAGUAAAUUUUGGAAAUUGUUUUUGCACUUAUUAAUCCUUGUAAACAUGCUAACGUCACUUCUUUCGGUUGUCCUAUUAUUAAUUUUUUAAAAAGCAUACUGCAUUUUUUAUUUGUUCUGUAAUGUAUAUGUUCUGUUUAAAAAUUCAGCCAAUUCAACACAUUUUCAGCCAUAUUUUUAUAGCCAGUUGUGGUGAAUGCAUAUGAUUAAUUCAUAAAGGUUUACAUAUCCAACUGUAAGUAUAAAUAAAGUACUAAUUCAUUUCGAUAAAUAAUUUCUAGCACUUGUUGCUUAAUAUGUCCAAGGCUAAAGAACUGAGAAUCAAUUUCUACUGGAAAAAAGCACCAACCACCCCACUUAUAUUGGUGGUGGGUGGGUUGAACAGGUGGAUUCUUUGAAGUUCUUUGUCUCGGCUUUUGGCAUGGGGCGUCAACAAUUCAUGCAUAGUUAUUUCAUGAGGCUACUCAAACAGUUCAGAUUAAGUAGUUCAGUUCUUCAGCAGUUCUGUGGUGUCAGGGUUAGGUUAUUCUAAGCUUAUUUGUGACUGUCUGGGUCAGUGGCACAGAGUCUAGCUAGAGCACAUUAAUUGUUGCAUCUAAGGCUGUCAGCUCUGAAGUCUCAUCUGCUGGCUUCCUCUACCAUGUGUGCCUGGUCCACAAAGCUAGGAAUGUCAUUCAUGAUCCACCUUACUAAGUCAACCAUUUGUUUGUGUUACUCCAAUCAGAACAUCUUCUUGAAGCUAUGCAGGAGACUACUUCACCUGUUGUCCUGGAGUCACUACAGUUACAGCAUGCUCAUCAUCUGAGUCAGGCCACUCGUCUCCAGAAAAGACAACUGUUACUUGAACAACUUGCUGCACGGCAAAAUAAAGCAGUGGCAUUAGUUGGAAAGGUCACCCAGACUGAAAAUGUCUCUUUGAUUAGUGCAAGGCGAGAAGGGAGAGCAGAACGGUCACUUAUCAACAGACAAGACAUCCAUGAAACCUUGAGAGAGACGGAUACACUGCUACAGUUUCUGUACCGCAAAAAAGAAAAUGCUGAGCAUAAUAUUCCAUUGGCAUCAGCCUCUUCAGGGUCUGAAAUGUACAGGGAAGGUAUCAAGAUGCCAAAAGAUGACAAAGUGAUCAUUGAGGAACUGGGUGCCACUAUUAGUGAACUGAGGGGACACAUUAUGCAAUUGAUGGAUGAGCUUGAGGUAACGCGACAAGAGAAGGAUGAGUUGGCAAAAUGUUUGAGGACAAAAGACAAGCUGCUUGCAGAAUCCCUAUUUUUUGACCAUAGUACAAGUCAAAAUAGUGCCAUCUUUGAGUUGCCUCCUCUUGAAAUGCCAAAGUUUGACCUUUUAAGGCCACCACCCAUACUAGAUUGUGAUAACGAGGAGCUCCAGGCAGUAGUUCACAAUAAAACUGCUACCGUUGGUGGACAGUUAAAGUGAUAAAUUGAGGUGAACAGUGCUCAUACAAUGGACACUGAUGUUGGACUGUGAAAAGGAAGAUCUUCGAGAGAUGGGUUGUUAAAUAAUAAUAAUAAAAAAAAGAGCUGAAGCUCCAUAAAAAAAAAAAAGGUUUAAGAACUUUCACUGGCAGGCUUUGCACAUAAAUGCUUUGAAAGACCGUCAUACAAAAGACUGUGCUGGACUGUGACGGUGAUUUUUCUGAUGGCUUGCCCCCUCCUAGGCUAGGAGUCUGGGUUUAUGGUUGAUGUGAAAUUUGACACAUUCUUGUGUGUGCACAUGCAGGCGUAUGCUUACAUGCCUGCCUUAUCUAUGUGUGCAAGCAUGCUCACAACCUAAAUAUGUCUUCAAGAAAAUGUGGCAAGAUUGUGAAUUACUGAGAUGAGAGUGUGCAAAGUGUUGAUUUCCUAAUAAGCCUUCAGUAUUUCAUUGAACAAGAUUGAACAAUAAGGAAUUUUGAUUUUUUUCACCAUUCCUUCUCCACUGUAGUUUUGAAGUUAAUGAGUCAAGUCUGAAUUGUAUGCAGCUAAACAAGUCCAGGCUGCAGAAGUUAGGUGUUGGAAGGGCUUUGGUAUGUAUUUUACAGUCCUUGAUUGAUAAGUUAUUUUAGAAAAUAUGUAACCUGCUGCACACUACAUUCCAUCAGAACUAUAUACAAGUUUUUUCACACUGGAUGUAUAAAAGAAUAUUUUUUAAGCAUAACUGAGCACAAUUUUUAAUUGGCACAGCACCAAAGGACCAAUAAAUUGCUGCAGAACCAUAACAGGCCUUUUUGUCAAAACUGCAUGGCAAGAAUCAAAAGCAGCAUGGUUUCCUUAUGAAGAGACUGGCACAGUAAGCACUUUAAGAAACAGACAUGAGUGCAUUUUUCACACUUGUGGACUUCUUGUUUCACUAGUAACAUUGUGGAUGAGAGUUUAGCAUUGGUUAUUGCUAUAUUUUUUCUGUUACAAAUAUUAAAUUUUACUCUUUAAACAUGGAGAGAAUAAAUGUUUGAGAAGCAUAUGUCA